AUGACGAUCAGCAAAAAACCUACAAAUCACUCUACUACAAACAUAAGUCGUUUAACAGUAAUGCAUCGAUUUAGUUUAUACACAUUGACAAUUUUUACAAUUUUGAUUCUAAGAUAUGCAAAUUCUGGACCAUUUUUACCAUUAUCAUGCCAAUUGUUUGGAUCAAAAUGUCCUAUUAAUCCAAACAUUAAUGGAUUUGUUAAACAAGAAUUUAAUGGUGUCAAAGAAGUCUUUAAACAAAAUUUUAUUAACGGUGAUGAUAUUGGUGCACAAGUUACUGUUUAUUAUGAUAACGAAGUCGUAGUUGAUUUACAAGGCGGGUUUGCAGAUUUAAGUACUGGACGUACUUAUAAUGAAGAUACUUUACAACUAGUAUUCUCCAGUACCAAAGUUUUGACUGGAAUUGUAAUUUCUAGACUUGUAGAACAAGGAUUAUUAGAUUAUAAUGAAAAGGUUUCCAAAUAUUGGCCAGGAUUUGCACAAAAUAAUAAAGAGAAUGUGACAUUACUAGAAUUGAUAACACAUAAAGCUGGCGUAGGAUAUAUUGAUUCACAUCAAAUCAGUAAUAGAGAUUUACAUGAUCUUGAUAAAUUAUCUGAAAUUUUGGCCAACCAACCUCACAAUUUCGAUGGUAAACCAACCAAAGCUUAUCAUGGUGUUAGUCGUGGAUGGUAUUUAAAUGAAAUAGUUCGUCGAGUAGAUCCAAGACAUCGUACAAUUGGACGUAUAGUUAAAGAAGAGAUAAUGCCUGUUUAUAAUUUAGAAUUUUAUUAUUCCAUAUUUGACAUUAAUAACAAUGAUGAUAAUGAUAAAUUGAAAUCUGUUUACGAAACAAGAGUCUCCAAUAUCUACACCUACCCAUUAUUACGUCUUUUUAGUAAAAUAUUGUUACCUCAAUGGAUGAUAAAGGAACCUUUACACAAGAUAUUUAAUGAAAUGAUGAACAGUGAUAGUACUGCUUUUAAAACGUUGGUCAUGACUUCACCUGAUAAAUCUCAACCACAAGAAUGGAAUAAUUUGGAAAUGUUGAAACCCGAAGGCCCAAGUUAUAAUGGAAUCACCAAUUCCAGAUCAAUGGCAAAAUUAGGUGCUAUGAUGGCAAACGGUGGUAAAUCGUUACCAAUCAAAAACAAUAAUAAAAGUAAAUUUUUAUUAAAAGAACCUGAUUUAAUGUCAUCAGAAACUUUUAAACUUAUAACAAAAAAAUUAGCACCAGAAUUUGACAACGUAUUGCAAGAAGCCUUCCCAACAUCAAUUGGUGGAUUUGGAUAUUUUAAAUUGGAAGGAUUAGAAGAUGUUGAAUUAGUUGGAUGGGGUGGAUCAGGCGGAAGCAUGUUUUUAUGGAAUGAAGAACUGAAAAUUAGUUUUGCUUAUUGUAUGAACGCCUUCCAUACCGCUUUAUUAGGUGAUAAAAGAAGUUUAAAAAUGAUUAAAGAGGUUGUUGAUACU